AUGUUGACAAUUAAAAACCCACAAACAAACAAUAACCAAACCACUUUUGAAGGGGUUGUAUCUGAAAGUGUUUCUGCUUUCAGCUCCUUGGGUACUUCUGGAGGGACGUACAGAAGAGAUGAACAAUGUGUUGAGUCGAGAGAGGCCCAGUCAGGGCAAAACAUUGGCAACAAUGACAGUAAAGGAAAUCCACAGACUGGUGCAGACAUGUACUAUAUUACAGGAAAAAUUGUGCUUCAUGUGAUAAACAACACAUUCGAUGCACUUAUUAAUAAGAAGGAUGUUAUUCUUUCAUGGGGUAACUUAACGUCCUUUCAGAAGAAUUAUCUUGUUCACAAGGUCGAGAAAAAAGCCUUGGAGAAGAAUAUAUCCCUUAAUAGAUUUAAAAACUCAUGGGCAGUCCGUCAUAUGCUUUCUCAAAAAUGGAGAACUGUGAUAAAUGACGCAAGAAAGAAAAGAAAGGCUUUUCACUUUCUUAAGGAUUUCUUCCUUUACAAUAUUUGGUUAUUAGAGUGUAUUUACUGCUUAACUAGUGUUGGUGUUACAACUAUGAUAUCAACUUUAGGACUUCCUACUAAAUUAGCCUCAUAUUGCUCUGACACAGUUUAUCUGGAAGUAUACAGACCUGAGGUCCCCGCAUGUCUCAAGCCGUCCAAUUUUUUUCAUAUCGGAGAGUGGAAAAAAAAAUUAGUCAAAGUAAUCCAAGGUUUGGGUCUAAAAUCAUGGAGACAUUUAAAUGGACCAAUAAACUAUAUAAAAUAG